AUGGCCAAGGCGUUGCUGCUGCCGCGUCUGGCGGUGUGCCAGCAGCAGCAGGUCAUUCCGCGUGGGCAUGUGGCCGAGGUCUACGACGUGGUGGUCGUCGGUGCUGGCAUCGUCGGUCUGGCGACGGCCCGUGAGAUCUCCAAACGUUAUCCAAAUAAGACCAUCUGCGUCAUUGAGAAGGAGGGUGAGGUUGCUGGCCAUCAGACCAACCAUAAUAGCGGCGUCAUUCACGCAGGCAUGUACUACGAGCCUGGCAGUGUCAUGGCCAAGUGCUGUGUGCGAGGUGCUGACUUGAUGUACGAGUACUGCGGGCAGAACAACCUGCCUCAUCGCCGAUGCGGUAAAAUGAUCGUGGCCUCGACUCCCGACCAGGACCACUGGGUCAAGACGCUGUACGAACGAGGCAACCAGAACGGCGUCAAGGGUCUGGAAAUCCUCAACAGCCAGCAAAUUCAGGAGCGCGAACCUGCCGUUCGUGGCUCCUCCGCCCUCUGGUCCCCCAACACCGGCAUUGUAGACUUUGCGGCCGUUGCCCGCCACAUGGCAAAGGAGCUGCUCGCCACAGGCCGCCACGAUAUCCGUCUCAGGUUUCAAGUGACUGACUUCAAGGUGGACGCCGCUACCAACGUAGUCGAAGUCAUUGGCGUCGAACCUGGUCAAAAGGGCCCUACCAAGCGAGUCCGCGGCCGCAACGUGAUCACCUGCGCUGGUCUGCACGCCGACACGGUUGCUAGCCGCGGCGGUGGUCGCGCCAACCCCAAAGUCGUUCCUUUCCGUGGCUCUUACUGGCAGCUCAAGUCUGAAUACAAGGACAUGGUGACUUGCAACGUGUACCCCGUCCCCAGCGGUGGCGGCAUUCCUGUUGGCGUGCACUUUACGCCCACCGUGAACGAGCAACGCGGCGAGGGCAUCAUUGUUGGCCCUGGCGCGUGCAUUGCCUUUGACCGUGAGGGCUACAACUUCUUUGAUCUCAGCUUGCGCGAUCUUUUUGACAUCACCACCAACAUUGGCUUUUGGCGGUUUGCCAUCAGCAACCUCAGUCUCUCACUCGGCGAGAUGUAUCGUGACCUGAACAAGCGCGCCUUUAUGAACGAGGCCCGCAAGCUUAUUCCCACCAUUACUGAUGACAUGGUUGAGGAGUCCUUCGCUGGUGUCAUGGUGCAGGUCUUUGAAAGUGAUGGCAAGGCCAGCAAGGAUUUCAUUUUCGAACGUAACUGCCUCAGCGGUACAACCUUGCACGUGCGCUCGGCCCCCAGCCCUGCUUGCACUUCCAGCAUGGCCAUUGCCGAAUAUGUCGCUGAUACCGCAGCCCAGGAUUUUGGCUGGUAA